UUCCACAACCCCUCAACUUCUACUAUAUAUCUUCCUAUCUCUCAAAUUGUCAAACCUAAAAUUAUAGUAGUACUACUCAAACUCAUACUCAUGAAGCAAUUAAGCAUAUCAUGUUUUCUUUUAUUUCUCAUCAUCUUCCUCUUUGUUUUCCUUUCACCAGCAUCAUCUUCCCGCUAUUUCUUAUCAACUACAAGUGAAGUGAAAGAGGAUGUAAAGCAUGAAGAAGUCAACCUUUCGUUAUAUUCAUCAGUUGACCACAUGGAAACCAACGAUAGCCUAAAUCUAAUGGGGUUGGAGGAAUGUAAAGAAGAAGAUGGAGAAUGCAUGAAGAGAAGGGUAGUUGCAGAAGCUCAUCUUGAUUACAUCUACACUCAGGACCAUAAUCAUCCUUGAUGUAUAAUUAAUCCUCUAAGAUAUAUAGCUGGUGUUGUCAAUAAAUUAAAGGGACUAGCUAGAUAGCUUUUAACACCUUUUCUUUUCAACAUUAAGUAAUCCUCUUAGUCCUACCUACAUUUUCCUUUUUGGUGUCAUUUCAUUUCUAACUUCUAUGUUUGGCAUACAAAUGUGGUUUUUAUUUGUUUCAUCCCAAAAAAUCUUAACUUGUAACUUGUGUGUUCUAAGCUACUCCCUCCUUCACUUUUA